AUGCACCGAUUGAGCAGUAGGCGCUUGGCCACGGCUAUCAAGGACCCCUACAAUGCUUUCAUUUCAAUUCGUCAAUCACCUAAACAAGGCGAAGGCCCACUUGCUCCGCUUACUUGGGUUGCCAAAGACAACAUCACCACUACCGAAGAACCCACCACAUGUGCUUCAGCGGCGCUUAAAAACUACUACAGCCCGUUUGACGCCACGGUAGUGAAGCUUCUUGACGAGGCCGGGGCGACUUUGGUGGGAAAGGCCAAUUUGGACGAAUUCGGCUUGGGCUCUUCAAACACCAAUUCUGCCUUUGGGCCCGUGAAGAACCCAUUGUAUGAGGAGUUUCGGGUUGCCGGAGGCUCUUCUGGUGGUUCGGCUGCUGCAGUUUCUGGAGAACUCUGUGAUUUUUCUCUAGGUACCGAUACUGGAGGAUCUGUGAGACAACCGUCUAGUUACUGUGGUGUCCUUGGAUUCAAGCCUACGUACGGACGUAUUUCCAGAUGGGGAGUUGCAGCAUAUGCCCAGGGUUUUGACACUGUGGGAAUUGUGGCUCGUGACUUCUCUGUCAUUCGCAGAACGUUCGAUGUGAUAGAUAAGUACGAUGAGAAGGAUGUCACAGCCAUGCCUCCGUGGAUUAGGAAUAAAUUUGGCGCAGCUCACUUGCCUGAAAAGCUCAGAAUUGGCGUGCCCAGAGAGUUUUUGGUGGGAGAAUUGCUGGAGGAAACAAAGAAGGAAUACUCCACCACUUUGGAGAACCUCAUGAAAGCAGGCCACACGGUCGUGCCGGUUUCCUUGCCCAGCAUCAAGAAGGCGCUUCCAGCCUACUAUACGUUGGUAUCUGCAAGCGCUGCAUCCUCUCUUUCUAGAUUUGACGGUGUGAGAUAUGGCGUCCUGGUGGGACCUCAGUACCCUGAAACCAUCAUUCCCGAAAACAGAGCCCAUGGACUCGGCACUGAAGUGAAGCGCAGAACGCUAUUGGGAAACUUCACCCUUUCGUCUGAAUCAGGAGACCAUUUCGUACGUGCCACAGGCAUUCGUGAGCAUUUGGUGGAAGAAAUUAACGAUGUGCUCCAGUUUCCAAACCACUUGAUCAAUACUGAGGGAAAUCCAGACGGUGUUCAUGUUUUGGUGGCACCCACGGCAUUUGGCAUUGCACCCACGAUCGAAGACUACAAGCUGGCUUGCAGAACGAGUCUUGUGAACGGUUACAUUAACGAUAUCAUGACGAUUCCCGCCUCGUUGGCCGGAUGCCCGUCGAUCUCCGUCCCUAUGAGGAAUCGCCGUUACGGUAUUCAGGUGAUGACACAGUACGGUUUUGAUCGCUUCCUCCUCAAGGCAGCUGAGCUCAUUGAGGCCCACAAGUAG